AUGUAUCAAUUACAAAUGUGGGCGCACUGUUGACUUUGCAAGUGUCGUCGCUGAUCUGUGGUGAGGGGAAACCGUUUGGAUGUAUUUUGAGGUCCCUUAGGGGACUGCAAGGACUUGUGGGAAGAUGACCUGAUUUCUAAUUUUCUCCUCUCCUGCCUGAGCUGUGGGCUAGUAGCUGCUACAAACACAGAAGCCCACGAAAGGAGUGUGCAAGUAUGAGCUGGCCCGGAUCUAUUUGGAAUAUGGCCUCGCUAUCGGCGUAAAACUGGAUUUUAUUUGUCCUUUUUCAUGGACGCAAGCGUGACUGCAAUUCUCUAAAAACAGAUUCAGCCAUGGCGAACCUGCAGCAGGAAUACCCCGGGGUCCUUCUGAGCAUCCUGGAUGAACUGGCCAAUAUGCGCCAAUGGCUGUCCUUCCAGGAUCUCUGUCGCAUGGUCAGCACCCGCUUUGACCUGGAGCACCUCAUCGAGCUCAGAAGUUUGUUGUUUGCUGCUGCCAGCCAGGACCCCUGUUUCCCAGCUACUCUUUUCCGAGACCGGGUUUCCACCAGAGGCCAGGGGCUUUCACCCAUAGGCGUCGCUGCUGACAUAGUAACUAUCUUCAAUCUUAUCCAGAUGACGGGUGGGGCUGCUGAUGACAGCCAACCAAUGAGAGCCCAGACGGUCCUCCCGGUCGACCAGUCCCUCGGCCCCAGCCUGCCUGGAAUACACCAACUCAACAUUUCAGGACGAGAAAGAGCACGUGCCCACUCUGACUCCGGUGGCAGGCUUAUUGAUCAGAACUUGCUGUAUCCAAGACCUAAUUACUCCGCCCGAAAGCGAGGAAGUCUUCCCCCCGAUCCAAUCUCACUUGUCUCCUCCCCUCCAAUCAGAGCGAGGGCUGUGUCGUUUGACUUGCCUCACACCACGCUUUUGUAUCCUACUGGUCAAAUCCCCAACGAGAUUAUGAAGAAUAUCUACCUGCCUUUGGAGACGGACAGUGAAACUAGUGGAGAGUCUGCGCCCAUGGAGGUAUUUGAAGAUGAACAAGAAACGUCUGUCGACCAGAAGAGAAACAUCUUUAGGAAGGACUUCCAUAAUCAGCCACCUCUAAUACCACAGGUGACUGUUCACAGUGAGUCUCCCAGUCCCAAGGGACAGAAAGGCUUCGACAAUCACAGCUUUGAAACUAUCCCGAAUCCUUACCCGUCACCAGCAGUCAACCAAUCGCCAGAGCAACGGGCUAAACAUGAGAGCAUUGAUGACCUACAGGACUCAACUUACUUUGGACCCCGGCCAAUCCCAGAGUGGUCCCCCCGCCACCUACAACCUCCCUUGGCCAAAAGGCCUAUCUGGAGCAACAAGAGUCACAGUCUAGAGGACCGGAUCGGGCCGAGCAUCAUUGGAUUGGGGAUGGAAUCAGGUGGGCAACUUCCAAGACGAUCAACCCCUGCUAUCAGCAGCUCAGGAGGUGAGAGUGGGGAUAGUGGAUUGAUAAUUGGAAGCGAUGUGGUCAAGGCUAAAGGAACCCAGACGGAUCCACCGGACACCCGGCGCCUCCGUAGCCUGGUCCACGCUGAUCGCCUCUCCUUCAUGACCUCAUUAGACGACCCUGAGUUUGGUGACGAUGACAUCAGUGCCAUCUUUCGUUUCUUAGAUGAUAUAAGCAUGUGCGGUUCUACUGGAGUCCUGCACCCAAGCGAGGGCCCGGCGGCAAUUAACCAGGACACACCCGAGGCCAGACGUGGCCGUCUAGGUCAACUCUCAAGGCUCUUCCACUCUCUGGAAAGCAGCGAUGAUGGGCUCAAGGCCAGUGUCUGUAAGCUGCUGCUCCGUAUGAGCCAGAUAGAAAGACAACUGGAGUCGCUGAAUGAUGUUAAGGCUGAGAUUUCCCAGGUACUCUCUGCUCUGCAGCGGCUGGAUGAAAAGAUCCAGCAGCCUAUAACUAGUGAUUCACAAGGUACAGGUGGGAGAUGGCUGGAGCCCCUCAGUGGUGUCUCCUCUUUUAUGAGCCACCCUAUAACCCCUUCUGAGUGUUCAGAGCCACAGCCUCUGUCUGCGUCUGAGCAUAUGUUUCCAGCGACAAGCACUAGUAGUCUGGAAUGGAGCCGGUGGAACACUUCUUUGGAGCCAACGGAAAGCAGCAAAGGACAGGCUCAUUCAAAGGGUGGGAAAGAAGGGAAGAAGGAUGCAUCAUCUCGUCGUACCUCCAAAACCCAGCCUGAAGAGAAAAGUGUCUCUGAUUCCAAACAGCUGAAUGUCCCUAACUCUGCAAGAGACUGGGCAGUGUCAUUCUCAAAAAGUAAAGAUGACAAAGCUUCACAUGGACAGGCAGAUCAAUCAGGCAGCACGACUAACCUACUCUCCAAAAAGUCCUCCAGCCUGGUGGAACAAGUAUUUAACUCGUCUCUAUUCCGCCACAAAGACAGCAGUCUGACGGGGGGGUUAACCGCGGGGAAGAUCAUCGACCCCAGAUUGUCUGGGGGGAGGGCAAGGCCCAUUUGGACUGUAGACGACAGAGAGGCACGAGUCUCCCCUUUGGACUUACAGACCGGGGAGUCUCUGAACCCCAACAACAUGGAGUUCUGGAUGGACGACAUCUACACACCAGGUUACGAUGCUCUACUCCGGCGUAAAGAGGCUGACCUCCGCCGGGCCAAGGUCUGCAAGCUGCUUGCACUCAUUGCCACUGCAGUGGCUAUCAUUCUUAUCAUCGUCAUUCCUGUUUGCACCAUGGGGUCAUGAAGACUGUGACAGAAAGCCGAUGUUGUUGCCUGUUUUCAUUUAAAUUAUUUAUUUUUAGCAGCUACGUGCUGUACCCAGGAACUUGCACGCCAUCCUCAUGAAGAGACUGUGACACUAGAACCAUAGAGCUGGAUCGGUGAUCAGUAAACAUUCAGUACACUUUCUUUGCAUGCAGCAUCAUUAUUUAUGACUUCAGAAAAACAGGAGGGAUUGAACUGUAGCUAAAUCACACUAAGUCACUCCCUCAAGCAGUUACAACAAAGUGUAAAUAAAAUCCCAUGGCAAUUCAUUUUUUCAUGAUUUUUGUUCUAAAUAAUUCCAGGUGGCUGCAAAAGGAAGUAUAUAAGGUUGAAUGUUUUAAAUAAUUUAAAAAUAUCUCUGAAAGGAUAUGUUGAAACUAGUAAUACUGAGCCAAUGCAAAUAUGUCUUUUUUUUCUCAUUUUGCCUGCUCUUUUAUGAGAAUCGACACUGUUACACAUGUAUUGUGAAUCAGCUUCAGCCUUGAGCACUGCCUGACUCUUUCUUGCUGUUACCUUUAGAACACCACAGGGCAGAUUUCACUUCUAUGUAAAAUAGUAGUUUUAUCAGUACAUAAGAGAAAACAUCUACAGGUCAUAAACAGUAAAAGGUUCAGUCGACAGGAGCAUUUUUACUUUCUUUUAGUUUCAAUAUCCUUUCUUUAAGCAACAAGAUACACUGGUUAAACAAGCUUAAAUCAAUAAAAACAAUAUUU